AGUAAAUAUAGGGGCUGUCAGCGUCCCUCUGUUAGUCGCAUCGUUGAGAAAUAUUUGGCUUGUAAUGAAGCAACAAUGUCUUCAGUUCAGAGUUUGAGGCGUUUUUUCAGCGAGAGACUAGCUGCUGCUGCUGAAGAAAUAUUUAUUGUCGUAGAAAAAACUAUCGUCGAGUACGAAGAAGAAAUAAACCGUCAGCGCAGACUGCUGGAUGUCUGGAAACCUCGAGGAAAUGUACACAGCACAGAGCUCCGACAACAACAUGUCUGUAAGGAGGAGGAAGAAGUUCUCGCUGACCAGCAGCUCUGUAACCAAGAGAGGAACUCCAGUUUGGACCAACAGGACACAGAUCAUCCACAGAUUAAAGAGGAACAGGAGAACCUUUGCAUCAGUCAGGAUGAAGAGCAGCUUGUAGUAAAGCAGGAGGCUGAUGUCUGCAUGGUGACUCUUAUUUAUGAUGACGGAGAUCACAGUGAAGAUCAAACUCUGUACUUGAAUCCUGAUGAAUGUCAGAGUGCAGCAGAGGAGGAGUCAGCAGUCAACAGCACUGAGACACCAGAUCCAAACACUGACUACCAGCUUCUCUCUCAUUUAGCUGAGAGCCAAGAUCACAGAGGAGGAAAGCAUGGAGGCUCAUUAUCAGCUGGUAAUGCAACAGCAAAACCACAGAAGAGACAUCACAAAAGCAAUAAUGUAUGUAAUUCUACCAUGAUAAAGAGUUCCUUCAAUGUUCCUACAGAUCCAAAGUCUUUUAAAUGUGAAACUUGUGGAAAAGCAUUCCCAUAUAAGUCCACAUUGAACAGACAUAUGACAAUACACACAGGAGUGAAGCCAUAUUCUUGUAAUUUUUGUGGGAAAAGAUUCAAUCAGCCAUCAAGACUCAAAGCUCAUAAAAUAACCCACACAGGUGAGAGGCCGUACUCGUGUGACGUCUGUGGGAAAACAUUUGGUCAUGCAGAGGUAUUGAAAAGUCACAAAAGAAUCCACACAGGUGAGAAGCCGUAUUCUUGUAACAUCUGCAAUAAAAGUUUCGGUUAUGCGUCAGCAAUGAAAGUUCACAGAAGAAUCCACACAGGUGAGAAACCAUACUCUUGCACUGAGUGUGGGAAAGGAUUCUUUAAAUCUUCCGCACUGACAACUCAUUUAAGGGUGCACACAGGUGAAAAGCCAUAUUCUUGUGAAACAUGUGGAAAAUGUCUCAAAAGUAAUUAUGGCUUGAUGGUCCACAUGAGGACACACACAGGCGAGAAGCCGUUUCCCUGCGACACCUGCGGGAGUAGAUUUACAGACGGAUCGGCUUUGAAAAAGCAUCUGAGGAGACACACGGGUGAGAAGCCUCACCUUUGCAGCACGUGUGGGAAAGGUUUUGUUGAGUUGUCGCACUUGAAAAGACAUUCAAAAGUCCAUAUGAACUAAAUUCCAUAUUUAUGCAAACCAUUUGGGAAGGAUUUCUGAUCUUGUGGUAAUUUGUCAGUUGAUGUGAGAAAUAGCCACAUCAGUGUGACACCUAUGGAAAGGAUACUUGAUUAUAUCUCACUUGGCGAUCAUCACAUACAGGCAAGUGACCUUGUAUUUCCAAAAUAUUUCUGAGACGAUUUGGUUGUAGUGGUUCAUAGGCCAAAAAAAAAAACAAACAAGAACCCACAAAGAGUUGUGUUGAAAAGAAUUUUUCAGCUGUUUGUUGAACAGCCCUCAGUUUUUCCUUCAAAUGACUAUUACUUAGAAGUCACAAUAUCUUAGCUUAAUGUAGCACAUUGACUCCUGUCAAUUACUCAUUUCUGUUUGUAACAAUAUUUCUGUCAGACUAUUGUAAAGUCCCACAACUUAUCACAGUAGCUGCAUAUUUCCUACAAAUGUAAAUCAUUGACUGCUUAAGCUAAUAUCCUUUUUUGCGGUUUGUAUACACUACCUCCAUUAUUCAAGUAUAUUGUGAACUCUGAUAGUAUAGUGUAGUGCUGGGUCACUUGUGUUGGCAUCAUGAUAUUGUUAAAGACUUUUGAUAAGAAUAAUAUUUUCUUGCAAUUCUGGUUAUUCAGACUUACGUUUCCAGAUUUUUAAGUUCAUUGAAUGGUGCAACUACAAACCAGAAUCAUCACAGUAAUGCAAAUAAAGAUGUGUCACUAAAGAAAUGUGAAAUUAAUUUGUGUAUUUCUUCUAAGAAUAAAGCUUUGCAAAUUCUGUUCAUCAAA